UGGCCGCCGUCACCAGGGCCUCGCGCCGCCCAGAAUAGGAAGGAGCCAUGGUGCUGCUCACGGCGCCGCUGAGGGUGCGCGCCCGCCUCACCGACCGCUACUGGCGGAUCCAGGACGUCCUGCAGUGCGCCCGGCACUUUCGGGGAAGGAAGAAUCGCUGUUACAGGUUGGCUGUCAGGGCUGUGAACAGAGCCUUCGUGAAAUGUACCAAUGCCAGGAGGUUGAAGAAGAAGAACAUGAGAAUGCUUUGGAUUAAUCGAAUUACAGCUGCUUCCCAAGAACAUGGCUUGAAGUAUCCAGCAUUUAUUAGCAAUUUAAUCAAGUGUCAGGUGGAACUCAACAGGAAAGUCCUUGCUGACCUGGCUAUUUAUGAACCCAAGACUUUUAAGUCUUUGGCUGCUUUGGCCAAGCGGAGGAAAGAAGAAGGCCUUGCAGCUGCUCUGGGGGACGAGAAGGAGCCGGCAGGGAUCUUUUCCCGGGUGGUGCAUCAUCAGUGAAGGCGAUGGAGCCGCCAUUGCCGCCGCCACCAGGGCGCUUUGCCCGAGGAAGGACUGGGGGUAAUUCUCAGCUACACUAAUGACAAAGAUGAGCUGUGUGAGAGCUUCUCCAAGCUUUUUAGGUUCUUUCAUAAUGGUGUCUUUUCACAUUUCAGGAGUGUGACAGGAGAGGUAGCUGGGCUUUUACCAGGUGGGAGGAUGGGGGGCCCUAAAGGAUUCAUUCAGCAUGUUUUCUUUUAAGCAAGGGCAGACUUUCAAAUGUGUUCUGGAAGAGAUUAUAAAAUAAAGCUUUUAUAACAAAGA